AUGACCUCCUGGACUUUGUUGCCAGUUGCCCUGGUGCUGCUCUGUUUCAACACCCUCUGCUCCCUAGGAUGUAACCUGUCUCAGGGCCUCCAGGAAGACUUCUCACUUCUGAACCAAAUGAGCACAUUUUCCCUGGUGCCAUGCCUGAAGGACAGGACCAACUUCAACUUCCCAAAGGAAGCCAUAGAGGGCAGCCAGCUCCAGAGGGAAGAUGCCACAGUCAUUGUUCAUGAGAUGCUCCAGCAGAUCUUCACCCUUUUCAGCCAGAAUGCUGCUCCUGCCACUUGGAAUCAGACCCAGCUCAUACAACUGCUCAUUGGACUGAAUCAGCAGCUGGAACAACUGGAGAGAUGCCUUGGGCAGGAUGUGGAGAGGGAAGGGCCUUCUUUGGGGAGUGAGAACCCCAUGCUGGCCCUGAAGAAUUACUUUAGAGGGAUAAGCCAAUACCUGCAGAGCAAAGAGUACAGCCACUGUGCCUGGGAGAUCUUACGGGUAGAGAUUAGGAGGGUCUUCCUGUUCAUGAGUAAAGUGACAAAAAACCUCCGGGAUUGA